AUGGAGGCAUACCUCAAGGAGGUACGCAAAAUUGAGAAACGAUUAUUGGGCUUGGAAUUGCAUCAUGUGCCGCGUGGCAUGAACAAAGAGGCAAACAACAUCGCCAAGAGGGCAUCCCGGAGUCUACCUCAGGAGCCUGGUGUCUUUGAGGAGCGGCUUUUCAAGCCGUCGGCAGCUCCUCCCGCCGUGGGACCAACAUCGCUUCAAGAGGAGCUUCCCCCGGCACCCCUCUCAGGCGCCCUAGCUUGUGGCCAGACCUCGGGAGACUGCCUGCUCCUUGCGCUCGAGCCUCAGGAGGGGUGCUGGACCGAGGAGUUCAAGGCGUACCUACUCCAAGGCACCUUGUCGGAGAAGGAGGAAGACGCAAAGCGUGUGGCCCGCCAGGCCACUGCAUACUGCAUCCAGGACGGUGAGCUCUACCGAAAGCGGCCAAACAAUGUUUCUCUAUGA